CGGUGAAGUUUACAGGAAUUUGCAUAAUUGGGCUUUCUCUUGGACAAUUAGGACUACAACUAGGCGUCGGCAACAACAUGGCGCUUGUCCUGGCCGCUGGAGCUGGCGUUGGGGCCACACUGCUUGCACAAGCACUAGUAUCUAAGCUAAGAUCUAAAGCUCGCAGCGGCAAAACCGACGACAUUCAGGAACGCUCGACUACAUCGAGCGCUGGAGGCGGCGCGGCAGCGUAUGAGACAAAGAAAGCUGUAGAUGAGUACCUGCAAUUCCACUUCGCCGCCCCAGAGGACCUGUUGCCGUACAGCAAUGGCCCCAAGGACGCCCUCAUGUUCACCGCCCGCCUGGCGCAGCUGUGCGAGCGCCACUGCGCAGCGCUGCAGGACUUCACGGGGGAGCGGGAGGAGCCGGUGGCGGUGGAUGUGGGGUGCGCGGUGGGCGGCGCGAGCUUCGAGCUGGCGCGCGCCUUCCCGCACGUGCUGGGUAUUGACUACUCGAAGCACUUUGUGGAGGCGGCGGAGCACAUGAAGCGCCGCGGCGUGUGCGAGUACGAGGCGGUGGUGGAGGGCGAGGUGCGGCAGCGGUGUCUGGCGGCGGUGCCGGCGGACAUCGACCGCAGCCGUGUGCGAUUCAUGCUGGGCGACGCAUGCGCGCUACCUGACAGCCUAGCCCAGGUGGACUGCGUGCUGGCCGCCAACCUGCUGUGCCGCCUGCCCGACCCACGGGUCUUCCUGGAGCGCUGCCGCUCCCUCAUCAAGCCGGGCGGUGUGCUGGUGCUGGUGUCGCCGUACUCCUGGCUCAAGAGCUGGACGGAGCAGGAGAAGUGGCUGGGCGGGUUCUACCAGGACGGCAAGCCGGUGCGUGGCUCCGAAACCAUCACGGCCAUCCUGUCGCCCGACUUCGAGCUGGUCGCGCAGCAGGACGUGCCCUUCCUCAUCCGCGAGCAUGCGCGCAAGUUCCAGUGGGGCUGCUCGCAUGCGAUGGUGUGGAAGCGCAAUGGGCGGGUUGUGUGAGGGUGUGGAGGGGCGGGGGCAGGUGAGGGCGCACGGCUGCACGGAGGAGGAAAACGACAUCCCUUGGAGGGUUGUCAGCCUUGGCACGGGGCUAGCAGUGCGGCUCCUGGCUAGCGCUCGCAUGCGCAGCUAGGGAGCCAGCAGCAAGAGCAGCACGGCCGCCCAGAAUACGGCCGCCUAACAGAAGCCAGCAUUGCCCACCCAGGCAACCUGCAAGGCGGCUUGCGCAAGCCGCCCGCCGUGCGUUGUCCUCAUGUAAACAAAAC